UUGGACGGAUUAUACUGAACUAUUUGUUUCUUUAUUUCUUUCAAAUCCUUCAAAUCUUCAUCACUAAUUGCUAUAAAUUUGCAAGCAUAAGUUUAUAUUCGACCCUAAAUAAGUUCGACUCCGGUAAAUUGCAAACCCUGAAUUUCGAUCAAUCGUCGUCUUUGCCGAAAAAUUACGGGGAAAAUGUCUCUGCGUUUUCCAGAUUCGACCAAAAAUGUGUUGCAAAUGUCCAUCAAUGGCGACGAACCGCCGCGAGCCUACGUUGUUGAAGGCUCUGCGGUCGGCGGUGUCGGCGAGAUUCCGAUCAUCGACGUCGGUGUGUUUCUGCCUUCUUCGUCGCCGGAACCUGAGGUUUUGGACUCUGAAUUGGGAAAAUUGAGAUCUGCUCUCGCCAAGGAGGGAUGCUUUCAGGCAAUUGGACAUGGGAUUUCGAGUUCAUUUCUAGACAAGAUACGUGAGAUUGCAAAAGAGUUCUUUGGAUUGCCAGAAGAAGAAAAGCAAAAGUAUUGUCCAUCAAAUGAAGAUAAUGAGUUCCAAGGCUAUGGAAAUGAUGUGGUGGUUUCAGAAAACCAAGUUCUUGAUUGGAAUUAUCGUAUCUUCAUUCAAGUUUUUCCACAUGAUUCAAGAAAACUCAACCUUUGGCCAAAUGGUUUUAGAGAAAUCCUAGAAGAAUAUGUAGAUAACAUAAAGUUGGUAAUGGAAGCUUUGUACAAAGCAAUAGCGAAGUCGUUGAAGAUUGACGAAGAUAGCUUCGUAAAGCAGCUUGGGGAUCUAUCGCCGAUGAAUGCGAGGUUUAAUUUCUAUCCACCGUGUUCAAGACCAGAUUUGGUUCUUGGAGUAAAGGCUCAUACAGAUGGAUCAGCCCUCACAAUUUUGUUACAAGACAAAGAAAUGGAAGGUCUUCAAGUUUUUGUAGAUGAUAAAUGGGUCAAAGUCCCUGCCUUACCUUAUGCUCUCAUUGUCAAUCUUGGUGACCAAAUGGAGGUGUCAUACGAACAUCUAACUACGAGCAGACUCUUUUCACAACUAGACUCUUAUCAGAUGGGUGCACGCUAAAAAGUGGCACCGCGUCCUAAUAAUGCAAAACAUUUUUGCUGAGGACGGGCAACAACGUAUGCAUCCCUGCAUCAGAAGCAUGAACAGUAGAUUCAACAGUGCCAGAACCAGAUGCAAGAUUUUCAUUAGAAAUUAAUCUACUCUCGGAAACCCUAGCUUUUACUUGAUCAUUGACAAAUGGUUCGACAAUAUAUAAAAUUAUGCAUGUGAUCGGAAGAAUCAUUUGAAGUAGAUUUUUCAAUAUUUGUACAAAUUUCUCUCCCAUGUCCAAUCGGGUCAAAUAAUGUCAAGGCAGGGGAGCUUGCUUUUUCUUUUCCUUUUGAUUCGUCAAUCAAUCCUGCCCUAGAGCAUCUCCGCUUCGCCGAGGGAGGAAGAACUUUGAUUUCAUUCUGCUGAGGGGGGGAGUCCACACAUACAAACUCCAUAUUUGUUGAUUGAAGCAGGAG